CAUCUUGAUCAUCUUACCUCAUCUUACCACCCUUCUAUCUUCUCUCUGCUCCAAUUUCUCUCCAUCACCUUUUCAUUUGCCAUCUUUCUCAGCUGCAGUCACCCACCCCUUCAUUCAGGUAAAAAAAUGGUUAUGACAGAUCUGCUAAAACCUGAGGAGAUCAAGAAAGCUCUUGAUGCCUUUGCAGCAGAAACAUUUGACCCUAAAAAGUUCUUUGAAAUGGUGGGAAUGAAGGCCAUGUCAGCUGAAAAUGUCAAGAAGGUCUUUCAGGUUCUGGAUGUGGAUGGUAGCGGAUUUAUAGAAGAAGAGGAGCUGAAGUUUGUACUGAAGGGCUUUUCCAAGGAGGGCAGAGAUCUGACUGACGCCGAGACAAAAGCAUUUCUCACAGCUGCAGACAAAGAUGGAGAUGGCAAGAUCGGCAUCGACGAGUUUGAGGCCUUAGUGCAUGAGUAAGGGGAUAGUUGAACUCCCCUCUUCUUCUUCCUGCUCCUCUUUGUCCCUGCAUUCACAUUUUGUAACUGCUACCUUCAAACUCUUCCUCCCUUUCCUCGCUCUGGACCCCUCACAUGGAGACAGACCAGGCCUGCUCUCUGCAAAAGAAUAACAAAAACAGGCCAACAGGGAGUCCCCCUGAGGAGGAACAUAACAGGCAUAACAGGCACCAGUUUCACUUUCAUUCUUAAUGAUUUCAUGAGGAUAGUCUGUGGUCAAAAAAACAAACAAACAAACAAAAAAAAAACAGGUGGUACUAGUGUUGUAGAUGGUGUAGAUGUUAUAAAGACUCCUUAAAUCUUAAUUUCCUUCCUCUGUAUCAGGUUGUGCAUUGUGUCUUGAUUGGUUUUAUUUCUGGAUGUUCACAUGUCAGUGCACUUUCCUCCCACUCCUCCUCUUUAUCCACCUUCCCUCACCUCAACCACCUCUUCCUUCUCCUCCUCCUCCUCCUCACUCCCUGCCUCUGAUCAGAUCAUGUAGUAAAUAAAAUCAUAUAAGGAGAGCUGCGAAGAGAGAAACGAUCUCAGUAUGAAAUGCUAAUAAUAAAGAAAACUUG